UUAUAAAAUGAACAGUAUUCGACGGACUGAGAUCAGUACCACUUGAAAUAUAUAUUUCCCUCUCUUUCUUGCGCGCUCAAAGUAUUGAUUGUUUUCGAUUUAUUUUCGGCAAACGUUUUAAGUAAUUAAAGCAAUCGCGUGAUCUCACACAAUGGCAUUAAUUUCAUCGAGGAACGAGGAAUCGACGUACGAGGGGCCGACUUCGAAAUACGUGCAAUAUGCGGGCGUGUUUGCGGCGACACUCGCCGCGUUUUCAAUCGGCACAUAUUUGUCAUGGACAUCAUCCGCUUUGCCUCUUUACAAUAAGACCGACACGUUAUCCGUUAGUGAUCAGGAAGCCUCCUGGAUCUCAUCCUUGGUCCCUCUCGGCGCUAUCCCGAUUACUAUACCGGCGGGAAUUCUGGCGGAUAAAUUUGGUCGGAAGAGAACGAUCUGGGCGAUAACUGUACCUUUAUUUUUAUGCUGGUACAUUAUCGGAUUCGCGCAGAGUAAAAUAUGGAUUUUUCUGGGUCGGUUUGUUGCGGGGGCAGCGAGCGGCGCAGCAUCCGUCGUUGUUCCCAUGUUCACUUCCGAGAUUGUCGAGCAGAGCAUUCGGGGCUUACUCGGCACCAUUUUUCAGUUGCAAAUCACUGCUGGAAUCCUCUUCGCAUAUGCCACUGCUUUCACCGAUAGUUUGCACGUCAUCGCGAUACUGUGUUCCGUGGUGCCUGCUUUGCUUUUGAUCUCCUUCCCGUUCAUACCGGAAUCACCAGCGUGGCUGGUCAUGCAGGGUCGGAAGAACGAGGCGAAUGACGUGCUGAAACACUUCAGAGGGGCUCAUUAUCGUACCGAGACGGAAUUAACUAGACUCGAGCUUCAGGCUUCGGAAAUGCGAGAAGCCAAAGCCAGUAUUUUUCAUCUAAGAAAUUAUCAAAAAAUGACCUGGAUCACUCUUGGCCUAAUAAUUUUCCAACAACUUUCUGGUAUUAAUGCUUUGAUAUUUUACGCAAAGAGGAUCUUUGAUGACGCGGAUUCGAUUCUGAGUUCAUCCAUAUCGUCGAUGAUUGUGGGUGUCGUGCAAGUAAUUGCUACUUAUUACUCAACUAUUCUGAUUGAACGCUCCAAUAAGAAGCUACUCUUAUUCAUCAGUAUGUCAGUGAUGGCUACUUGUAUGUUUAUAUUGUCUGGGUACUUUCACUUUCAGAACUCGCACGAUAUAUCGAACGUUUCCUGGAUCCCUUUGUUCUCCUUUGCGGUAUUCAUCAUGAUUUUUAACAUCGGCUUGGGUCCGAUACCGUGGUUGAUGGUCGACAAUUUGUUUACGAACAAUGUAAAGAGGACGGCGAGCGCUGCCACCGCAAUAUGUAAUUGGACGCUGGCUUUUCUGGUGACGAAAUGCUUCCAGGAUAUGGUCAAUCUCAUGGGGCUCUCCUCGUCGUUUGCCACGUUCGGCAUGAUAAGCUUAAUCGGAACUGUAUUCGUCUCCACGUUGGUGCCGGAGAUGAAACAGAUGGGCAGAAACGUCGAGGAGAUUCAAAUCGAAUUGUACGGAAUGCAAAUUAGAACCUCGAGGGAAACAGAUCCCGAAAUAUGACGAUGAAAUAAUUUACUGUUCUUGUACUUUUGCAGUUAAAUUGAAAUACUUGGCAAAAGUACGAACAGUAUUGUACUAUAUUUUAUAAAUUAAGAAAUUAAGAAAUUUGACGUAGGAAGAGAUGUAAUUUUAAACUUCAGAUGAAAGGAAUCUCUCUUUACAUUGCAUCUUUUGAUACGACUAGUCCGCAUACCAAGACUAUUCUUGAUAUUUCUUCUGUUUUAUCUCGGAAUUCGAGACAAGAUUAUGAUAAGAUAUUCAAUUAAUUAUUAAAUCAAUAACGAUAUUAAAAUUAUUGUUCUUGUCAAGAUUGUUGAUUUU